GGGGCUCCUCGUCUCAACAACAGGGACCAUUGGUUUUCCAUGUGGUGCCUCGGAAAGAAACUUCUUUCUAAUUCAGAACGUACAAUAUGUAGUUCCUCGGCAUCGCCCGGUGCACGGCAAAAGAAUAUGGCAGGCGCCGACCAUCUUCCAAUGUGCGACUCGAGCCCCUUCGUGGACGCACACGAGUACUGCUCAACAAGUUGUUUCUUUAGCAGGUGGGAGAUUUACAACGUGGAAGCCGCUCCUGUCCUCGUGUAGGCCGCGUGAGUAUGCGUCCUCCACGACGACGACCUAUUUUCGCAGUUCUGCCUCCGCAGCGCGAAAACGAGCGUAUGUCGCCUAUGCCAAAAAAGCAGCGCUGUUGGGGGUAGGCGUCUAUCUGUUCAUCGAAGCGAAUAUUAAGGGUAGUUUAUCACUAUCCCAUGUGAACUAUGCUGGGUGGGUUCUUCUUAGAAUUCAAGGGCAAGGGAAGGGGGAAAAAGGGGAACUCACUCAGCCAGGCAUGGUGAAAAACUAGCGCUAAAAAUGAUGUCCUCUAUGACACGGUGGUCGUGUUGGAGCGGGGUGGCUUUUCAGUGGCGGAAACGGCAGAAAUCUAUAUGCAGGAGCAACGGGAGAUGGUUGUUCGUGCUCAGGUCGAUGAUGAUGGGGACGAAGAGGUGCUAGAAAGGGACAAUGAAAUAAGAGAGCAGAAUCAUUCGUCAGUACUCUCUACUCCUGAGCGUGUAAGGUUGAUAUAUUGAGUGGGGCCAGGCAGUGGUCGGGAACAUAUCAGAUGAUACGAGUAUGACUCAACUAUUGACACACAUGUUUAUUAGUCUAGGGGCUGGUAUGCUAACCAGUGGUAGACUGCAUGAUGAUGCCCACGUACUCAUUCUAAAAGAAGCAGAUGCUUCCUGCCCACGUACUCAUUCUAAAAGAAGCAGAAUGCAUUUCAUCCAGAGAAGCAAUGCUCUAUCGCACGGAGGCUCGGGAGAGGCUACGCAGACAAGCCACAACCGAAUAUCUCAUCACUACGAAGUUGAAAGAGCAGCAGGGGAACGGAUCAGCAAAGAGCGGGAAGUCAUUUACUACUACUACUAGUAGUUGUACAAUAAACCCAACUUCGACUACUUCAACUUCAACACAAGCAGUUCCUCCAGCGGGUAUUUCUUCAACUGGAACACAGUCAAUACGUGUUGCUGGAGGAGCGAUUACGGGUAUAGAGGAUUUCCGAGUGCGGCGAUGGCGUGACAAAGUGUUCUCGCGUGCUGAAGGCAAAGUCUUGGACUUGGGAGUCGGUUCUGCAGCGCCAAACUUGGAGAUAUUUCAGAAGUGGCAUCGGGUGCAUAGUGUCACAUGCUGCGACAUUUUUCCCCUAGUGCUCCAGAAUGCACGCAAACGGGCAAGACAGCUGAAAAAGAAUCAGGGUCAACAGCAGGUCUCCGAUAUUGCGGGACAACAGAGCAAGGGAGCACAGCAUGACCACGAGAUAUCCUAUUCUUUUUUACAUGCCGACGCGCAGGACCUGUCGUCCAAUCCCGCGGAUUAUAUCCCUGACAAUACGUACGAUACGGUGUGCAUCAGCUUUUUACUCUCGUACUGCCCAGAACCUGAACGCGUACUGAAGGAAGCGAACCGCGUAGUGAAACCAAGUGGCCGGAUCCUGUUAUUCGAGCGCGGCCGCAGCUCCUAUGCAUUCCUACGGUGGCUCACGAGACGUUCGUCUGACAGUGCAGAUAUGACUGAAGAUGGUGAAACAAUGCGCCUGGACGUGGAGGCACUUAUUCAACCAUUCUUUCGAUCAUUAAGAGUAGAAGUGGUUUCCGAGUGUAAAGAUACACCGGCUUCCGACUCUAAAGACCCACCUUCCCACAACACCAGUUCCUCUUCCUCAGAUUCUUCAGCAUCCUGGGUCACCACCCGUGGCUUGGGUCAUUUUUACCUCGCUGAACUUCGGAAAGUGGAUGGUGAUGCCUGGGAUGUUGGGAACGAAGGUGCACAUCCUUCUAGUCCUAGAAGACGGCAUCCUCCUAGUACAAGAAGACGUGAGAACUACGAUAGUACUCCACGACAUGAGAACGACUAUUUUUCCAUUGCUCAGGAGCUCGUGGAUGAAAUAGAGCUAUCGUUGGACACCAAAAAGAAGUAUGAGGCUUGGGAGUGGCAAGACGGCGAUAACAAGAAUGCUCUGAGAAUUGAGACUGCGACUAAAAGCGGUGAAUGUAGUUAGUGCUGGCAUGAAUCAAAUCUGAAUGUAGCAUCACAAAGGUUGUUUUAGAAAC